UGCAUUGCGCCCGAAAUACAACAGCGCCUUUUUACACCGUAAAAGUGGACCAAUCAAUCAAUACUGUUGUAUUAAAUGAUGACGAGAAACAAAGUUUCCACGGCAUGGCUAGCUAGACUCCGCCUCACUAGGCCGCUUUUUCAUAAUCAGCCUAGCAAAUAAACAGCGAAGUUACCUGAGGAAUCACGAUGCAGAAAUUCAUGUGAACAUGGACCCACGAUGGGACGGGAUGUAUUACCACUAUUCUCCAUAACAGUUCAGCAAAACGAUGGCACAGGAUUUAAAGUACUCCCAUGGUCGCAGCGACCGUAAGAAACUAACAUGAAGACUGGACGCACAGUGGUCUUGCUGUUUUUUUCUCAUCUUUAACUGUACUAAAUUAUAACUCAUGUUUGAGCAACUAGAUUUUGGAAUAUUUCACGGCGCAAGUAAGGCCGAGCGAGAUGAGUUCUGUCGUCGACUAGUAUCGGAACUGAGGCACUAUGGAUUUGUCAAACUCAUAAAUCACGGAGUUCCUCUAGAAGAUGUCAACAAGGCAUUCGAAACGAGCCGAAACUUCUUCCAACUUCCGUUAAGUGAAAAGUUGAAGUCUCCUCACCCCCCUACUGCCAACCCCCAUCGGGGUUUCAGCCCAAUUGGGCUUGAAAAUAUAUCGACAAUUUCGAAUUAUGGCUCGGCUUCCACCAUGCCUCUUUUGAAAGACAUGAAGGAAUCCUAUGAUAUCGGAUCCGAUAAUGACCCAAUUUACAAGAACAUAUGGCCUCCUGCCGGACUAUAUGAUAGCUUUCAAACCAACUUUACGUCCUUUUUUGCGUCUUGCUAUGAAGUCGAACUUGUUAUUCUUGACGCUAUUUCCAUCGGCCUUGGACUUCCAACGCAGACGCUGAGGCUCCUGCACCAGACGCAGGCAAAUGAACUACGACUGACACACUAUCCUUCUGUGUCUCGAGAUGCCUUUGUCGACUCUACUCGAAUUGCGGCUCACACUGACUUUGGUACUAUCACCCUACUGUUUCAGGAUAACGUUGGAGGUCUAGAAAUGGAGUCUCCUCCUAACAGUGGAAAAUUCAUACCCAUCAAUAGUGGUGGACAGGGCGAGUGUAUUCUCAACGUAGGAGAUUGUCUAGAGAUGUGGACGGGCUUACGUAGCGCGAGACACCGUGUGCACUUGCCCGAUCCAUCCAUUCAUCCUAAGGGCUCUGAUGAUGCUAUCAUGGAGAGAUUCUCUAUCGCCUAUUUUGCAAAGCCAGAUAGAACAGCCAUUCUACGUCCUUUGCAACAAACUGUGGAGUAUGGUCAGCAGUACCUGACAGCCAAUGAGUUUCAACACAUGAGAAUACAGGGAACAUACGCUUGAUGCAGUGGGAAUGCGUAAUAAUGAUGGGGGAAAUGUAAAUUUAUUCUUCGGUCAAAAGAGGUCAAUUUAGAAAGACCAGCCCAACAUUUGACAACAUAUAGAAAUACAUACGUGUCUCCCGAAGCCCCGCAAUACGGCAGCUGAGGUUUAAACAGCUUUUACCGGUCUAGUGUAACAACGCGUAAGUCAAGAAACGUUAUUUAGCCAUCCUCAAACAUUCCGGUGGUCUUAAAAUCAUAGUGGAGGAUUCAAAUCAUU